UCACGUGACUGAUGACUAAGUUAAAUCUUUUCUGCUUACUGAAAAGGAAGAGUCCGAUGAUUAGUUACUGAUCGUCUUGCAUUUGUAAAGUUUUGGAGAUACUGAAUCAUGCUACCAUUUAUAUUUUUUUCCACCCUAUUUUCUUCCAUGUUUACCGAAGCUCAGAAGCAGCACUGGAUCUGCAACUCCUCCGAUGCAAGCAUUUCAUACACCUACUGUGAUAAAAUGCAAUACCCAAUUUCAAUUAAUGUUGAUCCCUGUAUAAAACUGACGGGAACCAAAGGAUUGUUGCACAUUUUCUACAUUCCAAGGAGAGAUUUAAAGCAAUUAUACUUCAAUCUCUAUAUAACUGUCAACUCCAUGAAUCUUCCAAAGCGAAAAGAAGUUAUUUGCCCAGGAUCUGAUGAUGAUUAUUCUUUUUGCAGAGCUCUGAAGGGAGAGACUUUGAAUAUCACAGUACCAUUCUCCUUCAAGGGAAUAAAAUUUUCUAAGGGACGAUACAAAUGUGUUGCUGAAGCUAUUUCUGGGAGUCCUGAAGAAGUGCUCUUUUGCUUGGAGUUUGCCAUCAUACACCACCCUAAUUCAAAUUAGAAUAAAUUGAGUAUUAAAAAAAA